AUGGUGUGGUCAUGGCCUUGGCUUGCACUGUCCGGUGAUGGCGAGAGUGGCGAGGUUGUGGAGUUUUUCGAAGAAGCUCCAGCCACGCCACCCUUCGAACUAUUGCACGCCGAUGAGGAGGAGCUCCAGAUUGCUGUGGUGCGUGGUUUUCUGUCUGCUAAAGAGGUGGAGGAUGUGGCCCAGAUGAAGCAGCACUUUUGUUUGAAGGAAAUUGAUGAUCGUGAUGAUGAGCUGGUUUACCGACAUGAAGUUUGGAGGAUGGAAAGCGAACUGAAGGAGGCACUUCCUCAUAUUUAUGAUAGGCUUAUGGACCAUUGCAGGGCCCUUGAUGCAGAGCUUUGGAAUGAGAUUGACAUUGGCGAUCGCUUCUUUCCGGAGAUCGAGUACAUUGUGUAUGAUGUGUCUCGACUGGGGGAACCUGGCAGGAUUGAACCACACACAGACAACCAGUCACAGGUGACUGUCGUGGUGAUGUUGUCCCACGAAAGCGAAUUCCAGGGUGGACUCAAUUACUUUGAACCUGGUACUGAACGCGGUGAGAGCCGGAGUGCCAAACUCAAGCGAGGGGACGCUGUCUUCUUCUACGGUGACCGAUGUGAACAUUGGAUCUCGCCAGUCGUGUCUGGCCGGAGGACGAUCCUUCAGAUGGAGUCUUGUUGA